GGAACGUUGCAAGUUUGUAGAGCGGCAAUGUUCUCCGACAGGGCUCCGCCUGAGCUAGCCCGAGGAGCCGCUGUCGGGCCAUGGGCAUGCCCUGGGCGCGAGUCACUGGGCGCGACCGAGCUGCGAAGCGACGCGCCCCAUAAACAAUGCUCUUCAACUAUACUUGCUUAUCCUAUCUUACAAAAAAAAACGGUGCAUUUUGAGAACAGAGCAGGGAAGGCGUUGGUUCGCGCGCAGACUGCGCAGGGCCCUCCAUGGCUAGCCUUCUGCGUAUCCACAAUUCCUAUAUAGGAUGAAUGCAAAGGCAGCCUGAAGACCGUAGGCUGCCGAGCGGGGCACCAGCUGCCCACCUUGGCCGCUCGUGUGACUCGCCCGAUUGCCUGAUAUGCCUUGAACUGCUUGGAAUGGACUUCAAGCACCAGCUGGACCGGCGUCGGGCGGUAGCGAAGGCGCUCGGGUUCAUUUCAAGCCCCGACGAGUUCCCGUAUUUGUUCGCACAGCGCCUGAAUGACCGCGACAUGGAGAACACGCGGGAGGGCAGAGUGGUGUGCUGGGGCACGCGCCGACAGCCGCUGGAGCCAUACCUGGACCGCGAGACCGCGCGCACGGUGGCCAUGGUGGACGGCGGCAUCGGCUACGUGCUGGAUGUGCAGGUCCUGGUGUACGAGGGCGGCGGCACCGCGGCCACGCCUGUGAUGCAGGCCGCGGCGGCGGCCAGGGCCGCCAAGAGGGCCGCCAGGAGGGCGCCACAGCUGGCGGCUACUGCGGCUACUGCGGCUGCGGCGGCCAAGGGCGCGGCCGAAGGCGAGGCUGCUGCUCCUGAUGCCGGCGAAUGUGCGGCCCAGGGUGCAGCGGCAGCGGCUGCUGCGGCUGAUGCCGGCGCCGCGGCCGCACGCACACGCAGCCGAGCCCGGGCCCUGGACAAGGCCAGAGCGUCAGGCGCCGCCGCUGUUGCUGAAGUGGACGGCGCUGCCGUGGGCGCUGUGGAUGCCGCUGGUGCCGCGGGCGAGGCGGGUGCUGCGUGCGAGGGCGCCGCGCCUGGUCCGGGGCAUGUGCGGGAGCUGGGCUGUGUGCAGCUGACCUACUGCGACGAUCAGGCGCACCCGGAGCACGGCCGGCUGCUGGUGGAGCAGCUGCUGCGCUGCCUGGACGAGCGCUGCGAGGCGCUGGGGGAGCGAGACGAGCUGCUGCUACUGCCGCUGCCCCUGGCCCCGCCGGCCCCGGCCCCGGCUGUAGCAGCAGCAGGGGCGGCAAGGGCGGAGGCAGCAGGGGCGGCAGGACCAGGGCCAUCCGGCUCCACACCCUUGGCGGGCGCGGGAGCGGGAGCGGCGGCGCCGAGGGUGCCCGAGCGCAACAGGUUCCGGUGGGUGGUGCUGCCUGACACGUGCGCUGAGUGCCACCUGCCCAUUGUGGAGGGAGGAGCCCCCACCGCCAUGUGCGACUGCUGCGACGACUCGGUUCACUGCCACUGCGCCGGACUGCCGCCGGAGGGGCCGGCAGACCUGGAGCAGGCCCGAGCCAACGCCACCGGUGAGCACGGCGAUGUGUUGAUGGACUGGGUCUGCCGCCGCUGCGAGGUGCGUAUGGUGGCACAGGCGGCGGCGGACGCCAAGGCAGCAGCCAAGGCGGCGGCGAAGGCGGCCGCGAAGGCGGCGGCGGGACCGGAGGGCGCCGAGGAGGCGGCAGCGCUGGUAUCCGCGGAGGAGAAGGAGGCGGAGGAGGACGCAGCAAGGGAGAAGGUGGCGAAGGAGAAGGAGAGGGAGGGCGCAGAUGCGGAGAUGGAUGGGGAGGAUGAGGAUCCAGAUGAGGAUCCAGAUGAGGAGUUUGAUCUGCGGCAGGUGCUGCGGCAGGUGCUAGAGGAGGACGUGGAGGCGGAGGAGCCGGAGCAGGAGGAGGGCCUCGAGGAGCAGGAGGAGCAGGAGCCGGAGCAGGAGGAGGGGCAGCAGCCGCAGCCGGUGCAGCAGCAGCCCGCGCCAGAGCAGGAUCAGCAGGAGCAGGAGGAGGGCCUCGAGGAGCAGGAGGAGGAGGGGCAGGAACGGACUCGGUCGCCUUUGCUGGGCUCACCUGCCUUGCAGGAGCCCGAGGCGCUGGCGGCGGACCCGGUGGGUGCGGGGCAGCCGGCGGCGGCGGGUCACGCCGAUGCCGGCGGCGGCGCGGGGGAGGUGGAGGGCGCAUUGGCGCUCCCACACGCGCAGCUCCAAUCAGCGGCAGCCGAGGCCCCUGCUGCAGCCGCUGCGACGGUGGCCGCCGUUGUAGCUGCCGCUGCGGCCGCCCCGGCCGCUGCUGCUAUUGCCGACCCUGCCGCUGCGGCUGCCGCUGCGGCCGGCGCCGGCUGGGACUCGGCGCAGCGGCGCUGGGAGGUGGUGGAGGCGGAGGAGGCGGAGGAGGACGAGCUGGUCAUGCAGGAGCAGCUGUCAUCAUCGCAAUCGGAGGGGGGCGAGCAACGGCAGCAACGGCCGGCGCGGGGGCAGCAGGCCAAGGUGCAGGGGCAGCAGCCGGCGCACGCCGCAGAGGCAGGCAGCCAGCCGCCGGCGCCAGCCGCCGCUGGAGGCGCGGGCGCGCGCAAGCCCCAGCCUGGCGCUGCAGGGGCAGCAGCAGGCACUACUGCGGCUGGCGGGGCAGAGGCUGCAGGUGCCGGUGCUCCUGCCAGUGCUGCGGCGGCGGCGGCGGGCGAGACGGCGACGGCAACGGGAACGGCAGCCGGCAGCAGCAGCGGCAACGCCGGUGGCGAUCCGCAGCAUGGGUCCGGGUCAGGGUCCGGGGCUGGGGAAGCAGCGGCGGAGGCAGUAGCAGCGGCGACCGCAGCAGCCGUGGCGGCUGUGGCGGCGGCUGCAGCCGCCGUAGCGGCGCCGUACGGGGCGGUCCCGCUCGUGCCCUGGGAACCGGCGCCCCCGGAUCCAGAUCCAGCGCAGGCGCAGCAGCAACUGGACGCGUACCACGCCGCCCAGGCGCCCCACAAUCUGGAUCCGAACCAGGAUUCAGUUGCUCGAGCUGAGGAGCUCCUCCAGAUCCAGAUCGCGAUCCAAGAGCAGGACCAGCAGAGCUGGCUGGAAGACCAGCAGUGGAUGGUGCAGGAAGAGCCAGGCGGCGCCGGCGGUGCUUCCGCAAAUGCAGGUUUUGGUGGUGCUGUCGGGCUCGCGGAGGCAGAGGCGGAGGGUCUGGAGGGGGCGCUUGGCGCGGAGACACAGCUGGCGGCUGCUGCGGGGGCAGGGCGGGCGGGGCCGGCGGGAACGGAUGCGGCAGCGCUGCAGCCGCCUCUGCAGCCUGUCGUGCAGGCUUGGGGGCUUCCGGGGCCGGACCUGGCGCAAGAGGCCGGGCUUUCGUGGCUGCACGGCCAGGCGCCGGCACCGGGACAUGCGCAGGCAGGCCCCUUGCAGGCAGGCCCCUCGCAGCCGCAGCCGCCGCAACAGUGCCAGCCGCCGCGCCUGCCCGCGCUGGAGGGCCACCCCCUGUCCUCACCCUCCGCCUCCUCCGCCUCCUCUGCCUCCGAUGACGAUGACGGCUCGGCGCAGGGCGGGCGCAAACGGCGGCGGCGCCGCAACGUGCCGCCGCGGUCUCGCCAGGCGCGGAAGCGCGACCUGCGGCUGGUGGCGGAGGACCUGAUAGAGCGGGUGCUGGCGCGCACCGCCGGCAACAGCGGGGGCGAUGACGAGGAGGAGGAGGACAGCGCCGGCGCGCAGGGUUUGGGCGGGCCGGCUGGCCCGCUGCUGCUGUUCCCGGCGUCGGUGCCGGGCGGCUCCGGCGCGGCGGUGGGGGCGGCGGGCGGGAUGUCGCAGCCUGGCGCGCCGCUGGCACUGGGGCUGACGGCCGCAGGCCUGGCGGCCGCAGGGCUGGUGGCGGCGGCGUACCAGCCUACUGUCGCAGGCACGCAAGCCGCGGGCGCGGCGGCGGGAGCAGGGGGCGCCGGCGCGGGCGGCCGCAGUGGCAGCAGCGAUGGCAGUUACAUCGACAGCGAUGGCGGUGAGCCGGCACGACAGGGCCUGAACACGCGCGCCAGCGCAAGGGUAAGGGCGAGGCAGGUGGCCGCCCAGGCAGCCGGCGAGAAGCAGCGGGAGCCGGAGAAGGGCCGUGGCGCCAAGGGUCGAGACGCCGGCAGCCGGGGGCGCGGGCGCGGGCGAGGCCGAGGCCGCGGCCGCCGCGGCGCGUCUCGUGCGGCGGCAGCCGUGUCUGACGAGGAGGUGGGGGCGGUGGAGGUGACGGAGGAGGAGGGGGCCGCUCCCGGUCCCCCCUCGGCCGCCGCGCCGCCGGCCCUGACGGCUGCAGGCGCUGCAGGCGGGCCGGGCACCGGUGCGGCACUGGCGGCCGCGCCUGCGGCCCCGAUUGCGCCUGCGGCCGCCACCGUGACUGCCACUGCCACUGCCAGCAUCGGCCACGGCAGCGCGGCCGCGCCUGCGCCUGCGCCUGCGCCUGCGCCUGCGCCUGCGCCUGCGCCUGCGCCUGCGCCUGCGCCUGCGCCUGCGCCUGCGCCUGCGCCUGCGCCUGCGCCUGCGCCUGCGCCUGCGCCUGCACCUGCACUGGCGCCUGCGCCUACCGCUGUGCCUGGCAGUCCGGGCGGUGUGGCACGGGGCCGCGGGCGCCUAGUGAUGCUGGGCUCCCCCGCCCGCGGCAUGACCUCCGCCAACACGGCUGCAGCCUGCACAGCCACGGGUGCACCACAGCCGCAGAGGCUGCCGCCGCCGCCGCCUGACGCGUACGAGCUGCUGGAUGCGGAGGACGGCGCCGAGGCCGAGCAGCGGCGGGUGGGCCAGGAGGGGCAGGAGGGGCAGGAGGGGCAGGAGGGGCAGGAGGGGCAGGGGCAGCUGCAGCAGCAGCAGGGCGAGGAGGCGGCCAGGGGAGCGGUGGCAGGCGGCUCAGCGUCUGCAACCGGCGCCGCUGUAGGGAGGGAGGCAGCGGCACAGGCGGCGGCUCAGGCACAGCAGGCCUCAGCGGGCGGCCCCGGGCCCAGUGGAAGCGGCUGUGUGGAGGCGCGCCGCUUUGGGCGGCCGCCGCGAUGGCCACCGCUGGGUGAGGCCGUGACCGCAACCGCGCGCACCAGCGCGGCGCCCCUGCCCCGCACCGCCAUCGCCGCCGCUGCUGCCGGUGCUACUGCGGCGUCGGCUGAUGCCACGGCGGCCCGCGCUGCCAAGCGCCGCCACGCAAUGGAAGCAGCCGGGCCGGAGCCGCUGGCAAAAGCUCCGACGCCGCCGGGGCGACAGCGGCGGGGCGGGGGGCAGCAGGCGUCGGCUGAGGCAGCCGAUGCCCAUGUGCUUGCCGCGCGUGCAGAGGCAACCACAGCAGCGGCCCCGGCGGCCACGGCAACGAUGGUGAUGGUUCCACAGCAGCCGCGGCCUCUGCCUCGGCAGCAGCCGCCCCAGCCUCAGCCCCAGCCCCAGCCCCAGCCUGAGCCCCAGCAACAACGGCAGCCGCAGCCUCCGCCGCCGCAGCAGCAGGCGCGAGCUCCACCCCAGCACGGUGGUGUUGAUGCCGGCGACGAUGAUGUCGUGUUCGUGAAGGAGGUGGUGGAGACGGGCGUCAGGCAGCAGCCGGGGGCCGCUGGUGGCGCGGCAGCCGGCGGUGCCGCAGGUGGCGCGGCUGUUAGGCCGACCCGCCGUCUGACGGGCCCGGCGGCUGGUGCUUCAGCUGGCGCUCCGGCCGGUGGGGCCGCCGGCGGCGCAGUUGAUGGCGGUCCGGCCGGUGGUGCGGCUGGCGGCGCAGUUGUGGGUGCGGCUGGCGGUCCGGCCGGUGGUGCGGCUGGCGGCCCGGCGUGGCUGCAGCCGCAGCAGCCUCCGUCACUGCAGCCUCCUGCGUCACGGCCGCCUGGUCACCCGGCCCCACACGGCAUUGCGCCUGGCGCGGCAGCGGCAGCCGCACAAAGCAACACAGCAGCGGGGGGAGCGCCUCCAGCCGUCGCCCGUGUGGCGGCGCCAGGGUUAGGAGCCGCGGCUGGCAGGGCGGCAGCUGCGGCCGAGCCCGCCCGAGUAGAGCCGGUGGCGGCGGCUGGUACUGCGGCCGUGGCGCGGCAACAAGCAGCUGCAACAAGAGCCACGGAGUGUGCACCUUCGGUGCUAGCGGCAGCACCGGCCGCACCGGCAGCAGCCCCAGCACCGAGCGCGCGACCGCUGCCGCAGCAGGCCCCCCUGGGCCCCUCGGGCUCGGCUCUCGGCUCUCAGCCGGGCGGCCGCGGCCGGCUGCUGCGCCCGCGUGCUGGUGCGGCUGCGGAGGCGGCAGCGGCCGGUGGAGGCGAGCAGGCGGCUGCGGGUGGUCCGCCCCGCACCGUGGCCGAGGCCGUAAACACUGGGGGCAGCUCCGCCGCCGCCGGGCCCGCCCUUGCCGCCGUGGCCGGUGUCGCUGCGAAGGCUGGGAGCUCCGCCGGCGCUGGUCUGGGCAACGCCGCUGCCGGGCCCGGCUCUGCCGCCGCUGCCCCCGCCGGCGCUGCCGCCCCUGCCGCAGGUGCGGCUGCCCCUGCCCCUGCGGCCGCCCCCGCCGCCGCUGCCCCCGCCGCCGCUGCCUCACCUGCCGCCGCUGGGGCCGCCCGUGCUUCUGCGGCCGCACCUGCCGCUGGGGCCGCGGGCCGCCGCCCCGCCGCGCACCCACCCAUUCCGCCGGCCGGCCCCGGGCGCCUGUCCUCCUGGCUGGCCAUCAACCAGCGGCGGCUGGUAGACUAUGAGAUGGCGGCGGCGGUUUGGAUCCAGGAUGAACUCAACCACCCGCAUCCCGUGGGGCCGGCCAUGGCGGCGGGCGACGUCGCCGCCGCCGCGGCGGACGCCGUUGAGCAGCUUGAGGCCGCAGCCGCAGCCGUGGACGUGGUCGUGGGCGCGGCCGCGGCCGCGGCGGGCCAUGGCAACGCUGAUGUCAAUGCUGCAGGUGCUGCAGGCGACGCCGCCGCUGGGGCCAAUGCUGCCGCGGGUGCUGCCGCCGGCGACACUGCCGCGCCAGCGGCGGCAGGUUCCGCCGCCCCCCUGCAGCAGCCGCAGCAGCAGCAGCAGGCUGUGGGGCAACAGCCACAGGCCGAGGGCCAGCAGCAGGCCGACGGGCCCCAACCGCCGCAAGCGGAGCAGGAGGCACAGGAGCAGGAGCGGGAUGACGAGCAGGAGGAAGUGCAGGGAGAGCAGGCGCGGGAGGACUACUAUGACGACAGGUAUCCGGCCGACCCGCUAGCCCUGGCGCGCCUGGUCGCUGCCGGCCGCCUGCCCCCGCUGCCGCGCGCCGCCACCGUCCGCCAGCGCCUGCGCCUCAUGGCUCGGAUGGCGGCGGCGGCGCGCGCCUGCGCCGACACGGCCGGCGCCGCCACGCGGACCUGCGAGCGCUACGCCGGUGCCGCCGUGCUGCACACCGCCGCCAAGGCCGCCGAGGCGGAUGCGCUGGACCGGGUGCUGGUGCGGCUGGAGCGGGCGCAGCGGCGCGCCGGCGGCCAGGACACGCCGGCGGCGGCGGCGGCGCUCCGGUGCGCGGUGGCGGAGGCGGCGGAGCUGGGGCUGGUGCUGCGGACCGAGGGCGACGCGGCGGCGGGGUUGCGGCGGGCGGUGGCGGCGGCACUUUCGGAGACGGCGACGCUGCAGUCUGCGGCGUCGAAGGCGCGCAUUGCGCUGAUGCGGCUGGAGGACCCAAACACCCCGGAGGACACCCUGGCGUGCUGGAGCGCGGUGCGGCUGGCUGCGUCGGCGGCGGUGGCGGCACUGGUGUGGUCCCAUGCGCGCAACUGCCGGCCGCAGGGCGAGGGUGACGUUGGCGCGCCGGGCGGCAGCAACGAUGCGGCGCCGCGGGGCGUACGGCCGCAGUCGCAGCCGCCGCCGGGGGUCACGCCGCAGCACUGGAUGCUGGCACCCACGUUCUACCGUUUGCCGGUUGCGGAGGUGCAGCGCUACUGCGACGUGCUGCUGCAGGACCGCCUGGGUAGGCUGUGGGUGGACACCGCCGCAGCCGACCGCGCAGAGCAGGAGCGGCGGCGGCAGCAGCAGGAGGCGCAGCACCUCGGCGCGCAGCCGCAGCCUGAGGCUGCUGCCGCCGCCGCUCCCGGAGCCGCCGCCGUUCCGGGUGCCGGUGCCGCUGCACCUGACGCUGCCGUGCCCGGAGCCGCAGCUGGUACUCCCGGCGCCGCUGCCGGUCCCGCAGCUGCUGGUGUUGCCAACGCUCCCGAAGCCGCUUCCAACGCCGCUCCGGAAGCCGCCCUCGAAGCCGCUUCCGGCCCCGCCACAGCUCCGGGCGCCGCCGCAGCCGAGCCCCGCGGCGGGCCCUUCGUCCCGCCCCCUCCAAUGCGACUGCUGCAGCCGCCCGCGCCCAAUACGCCUGAGCGCUGGGUCCACGCGCACUCCUUCGCGCGGCACGUGGAGCGCAGCGUCCUGUCUCUGCUGCGCUUCGAUGCCGCCCUGCGCCGCGGCGACUUCGCCUCACAUGGAUUCCCGGCGAUCCCGCCGGCUGCACCCCCCGUGCCGGGUGCCGCGGCGGCCGCAGAUGCCCCAGCCGCCGUGGCCAGCCCGGCGGCCGCGCCCGCCGCAGCCACUGCGCAGGGGGCCCCGGCUGAGGCGGCGGCGGCAGGUGCUGACGGCGGCGCCGGCCCUAGCGGCAGCGGUUGCGCGGCGGGUGGCAGACCUGCCAGUGGGCCCGAUGGCGCGUUGGGCGCGGCGGCGCCCCGGGUGCACCCGCAGCAGCAGGCGGCGGGCGCGGCCGCACGGACCCUGCCUGCUGCUGGCCGGCAGGUCGGGCCCAACGCUGCAGGCACGUCUGCCCGCACCUCAGUGGGCGUGGCCUCCGGUGCGACCGUGGCCCCCGCUGCGGCUGCGGCUGCGGCUGCUUCGGUGGCUGUUGCCGCAGGCGCGGCACCGGCGCCGGCUGCUGCCGGCCCUGCUGCAACCCGGAAGCGGCGGGCUGAGGACACGGGCUUGGCCGCCUCAUCGCAGGCAGCACAGCCGCGGGCGUGGAAGCAGCAGCAGCAGCAGCAGCAGGAGAAACAGCAGGAGAAACAGCAGGAGAAACAGCAGCCGGAAAGGGGCCAGCGGGUGUCGCCGCGGUCACAGCCCAUCGGUGCCGGCGGCCGCAACGGCGCAGGGGCUGGCGCGGCUGCCGGGGCCGGGCUAAAGCGGCCCAGGGGCGAGGGAGGCGGCGCGGCAGGAGGUCCCUCAGGGCCGCACGAGCGGCGCGGUGCGGGCGGCGGGAAGGCCGGGGCCAGGGCGGGCGGCGGGGCAGGCAGCGCAGGCGGUGGGAGCCGGGCUGGGGCGGGCGUCCGGGGGGCCACUGGUGAGGGAGCCAUGGUUGCCCUGGCAGCAGCGGCGGCGGUCAUGACGGCUGCGGACGUGGCGGAUGAGGCGCCCGAGGCGAGGGCGGCAGCAGAGGCGGCAGAGGCGGCGACUUGAGGGGCAGGGGCCGCGGGCGGGGCUGCAGAGGCGGCAGGGCCAAGGGCAGGACCGUCGGGAGGGGCUGCGGGUUGCGGGGGCGGGCGGUGGCUGAUAUGAAGCACGCGUCCUGCCGCCACUGGGACGCCUGAGAUGCAGCCUACGACGAGCUACAUCAGCCACGCCGUCAAAUGCGGGGGCUGCCAGCAGCGGGCGCGGCUAACAGCACGCAUUUUUCUUGAUCCUUUGUUGGUCACCGGCAUCUUCGGACCGUUGCCUACAGGUGUGGUAGGUAGAGCUAGAUGGUAUUUUCGGUGCGCAGAUGUGGCCGAUGAAGUUGCCGGCAUACGUAUCACGAUGUGCGUAUUGCGCCAAUGCAACCCACUGCAUGUGCCAGGGAAGUGGUUGACUCAAAAGUAUAGUAGCACCAGGUCAGAUCAUUCGGCAGUGUUGGGGAGCACAAUCGAAGGAAUCACGUUAGACUGUGUACACAGUGCGGUGCGACGUCAGAACUGCCGCCAAUGUGUGUUGACACAGUAGGCGCCAGCACUUUCCAUUCUGUCGCACAGCCAUAUUGCAGGCAGGGGCAUGCAUUGCAGGCAGCUCUAGUUACUUGGUUUAGGGCUAUGAGUGAAUUGCGGGCUGUGUCUCAAUAGCGGGUAGCAUAUCCAUUCCUGUAGCAGGAUAGUAAGGUCGAUUGCAACCCUCAUUGCAUUGAAGCUGAGUGGCUAGAUUCUAUUGACAUUUACGGUGGGCACGGGCAAUCCACAGAUUGUCCGACCGUAUCCCUAUGUAAUUUUAAGCUGUU